AAGAUCUUGGGACAGAAAUUUCCAAGGGUUUUGUGGUCCUGCCUUUAAACCCGCUGAGUCUUUGAGUUGGUUGACCGAAAGGAUGGGAUCCUCUUGGAAGAGAUGGGUCUUCGCCGUGGUGCUGCUUCCCCUGACUUCAUCCAUGCAUUCUGAUUGUUUCAUCAAGAAGGAACAAGAAGCGUGUUUAGACUACAUCCAGAAACUGACCAGCAGCAAUGGAUCAUCCCCAGGUUGCGCUGGGAUGUGGGAUAACAUCACUUGCUGGAAACCAGCCAUGGUGGGUGAAGUGGUCUAUGUCAAAUGCCCAGCUCUCUUCACCAUUUUUAAUUUAGAUUACGGUUGGGAUGUGAACAGCAUGGCUUAUGCGCAGCCAGGAGAGCUUGAACCAUUUGAGAUUUCGGAACAAUUUCCAGAUGGAGCCAUAGAUUUUAAGUUGAUCAGUAGGAACUGUACCCAGGAAGGCUGGUCCGAACCAUUCCCACAUUAUUACGAUGCCUGCGGAUUUGACGACAAUGACACCACGCCAUGGAAUGGCCAGGCUUACUACUACCUCUCUGUCAAGGCUUUGUAUACAGUUGGCUACAGCACAUCCCUCGUUUCGCUCACCACCGCCAUGGUGAUUUUGUGCCGUUUCAGGAAACUGCACUGCACCCGGAAUUUUAUUCACAUGAAUCUUUUUGUUUCAUUCAUUCUGCGUGCCAUUUCCGUUUUCAUUAAAGAUGGGGUCCUUUAUGCAGAGCAAGACAGCAACCACUGUUUUGUCUCGACGGUGGAAUGCAAAGCAGUGAUGGUCUUCUUCCACUACUGUGUGAUGUCCAACUAUUUCUGGCUUUUCAUUGAGGGGCUGUACCUCUUUACGCUACUUGUGGAAACCUUCUUUCCAGAGAGGAGAUAUUUCUACUGGUACACUAUCAUUGGCUGGGGAACUCCAACCAUUUGUGUCACAGUAUGGGCAGUCCUUCGGCUUCACUUUGAUGACAUUGGCUGUUGGGAUAUGAAUGACAACACUGCUUUAUGGUGGGUAAUCAAAGGUCCAGUUGUGGCAUCCAUAAUGAUCAAUUUUUUGCUUUUUGUCGGCAUCAUCAUUAUCUUGGUUCAGAAACUCCAGUCUCCAGACAUCGGGGGCAAUGAAUCCAGCAUCUACUUCAGCUGCGUUCAGAAAUGCUACUGUAAGUCCGAGAGGACUAACCAGCAUUCUUGCAGGAUGGCUGAACUAUCCAUCAUCACCCUGCGGUUGGCCCGGUCCACCUUGUUACUCAUCCCACUCUUUGGGAUUCACUACACAGUGUUUGCCUUUUACCCAGAGAACGUCAGCAAAAGGGAGCGCUUGGUUUUUGAACUGGGACUCGGCUCCUUCCAGGGUUUCGUGGUCGCUGUGCUCUACUGCUUUUUGAAUGGGGAGUUUCUCCCUCAAGGUGCAAUCCGAAAUCAAGAGAAAAUGGCGGAGCUGGAAAGUCAACCGUUAUUUUGCUGUGGAUUUCAAACACCGCCAUCCCUCCCUGGCAAGCAGCGGAGUCAACGGGGGGACUCAACUGUCCAUCUUGAGCAAGAGCAGCUCACAGAUCCGGAUGUCCAGCGUCAAUGCCGAGAACUUGGCCACAUGAGCCCGUAAGACACCCCUCCCGCCUCUUCUCCCGCCAGGCACCCUCCCAAAGAGAAAGAGAACGAUGAACCGUACUUUGGACACCACGAAAGGACCAUAUUUACUCCUAAAUAUGAUGGCUUUCGGGGUGUUACUUCCGUCUGCCUCUUUUUUAAUAAUAAUAAUAAUAAUAAUAAUAAUAAUAAUAAUAAUAAUAGUACAACAACAAAUCCACCUCCCUUUGAUGGAAAGUUUCUGGGGUUCUGAAGCUUGUCAUCUCUGAUGGGUGGAAGAGAAGCUUCACAAAGACGUUCCAUCUAAGGGAACGAGGUCCUCCCGACCAAAAUCACCUUGAUGCGCCCCCUUGUCCCAAGAGCCGAACCCGCCCCCCCAUCCCUCAUUUCCCUGGUACCAUUGGUGAAUUUUUUGGUUUCAUGAGUUAACAUCUCAUGAAGUUGGGGGCCUCAUGUCCAAAUGCUUAUGAUCCCAACAUCUUGGACAAUUGGGGUCCUCUUGGGACCGAGAACAACGUCGUGCAAACACUGAGCCAGGGGUGACCCCCCCCCCCUCACCUCCCAAUGCUGGUGGGCAUUGUGGUCGCAGAGACGGAUCCUACCAGGAUUGGUUGAUGGAAAACCCCCAGCCCUACACUGUGGGGGGAUCAGAUUUUCCCUCUUUUGGGAAACUAUCUGAAUAUUUUGGGGUUUUUUUUCCUUUUGUUUCUUUUGUUAAGCUGUGAAUCUUCUAAAAUGGCCAUCUCAGUUCCAUAGAGUUAUAUUUUUUGAGACAGGCAAUUUUUUUUCUUUCUUUCUUUUUUUU